GUGCCCGAGAGGGGGGGAGGAUGAGCACCCCAAUAGGACAGACAAAAAGGUAAUGACCCAGGCUUAUGGAAAAACGACGACGAGCGCAGUCUGUUCAUGUGGCAAAGUCUGCAAGAACCAGCAUGGCCUGAAGAUCCACCAGGCCAAAAUGAAAUGCUUGACGGGGAAGCAGGUGGUGCAACGCACAGAUCUAGUACCUGGUGAGACGCAGGAGGAGCCCGGCCAGGAGUCAACCCACAGUGCCCAGACCCUCCAUGCCCCACAAGCUCCACCCCAUGUCAGGCAUUCCGAACAUCGCCGGGUCAGGUGGCCUGCUGCCAACAAGGAGAGAGAGUGGCUCCAGUUUGACGAAAAUCUGGACCAAGUGCUUGAAUCUUCAGCAAGGGGAGAUGCAGACCAGAAGUUGCGGAUGAUGUCUGCAAUGAUCAUCAGCAUUGGUGCUGAAAGGUUUGGCAUAAAGGAACAGCAGCCAACUAGAAGGCCAGGGGAGCCAAAUAGGCGGGAGGUGAAGAUUGGCCAGCUUAGGCAGGAACUUAGACUGCUUGGGUGGCAGUUUAAACAGACAAGGGAGGAGGAGAGGGCCGAGCUGGCAGAGCUCCGUAAAAUCCUGAGGAAGAAACUCACCACACUCCGCCGAGCCGAGUGGCAUAGAAGGAGGGGCAGGGAGAGAGCCAGGAAAUGCGCAGCCUUCAUCUCGAACCCCUUUGUCUUCACCAAGAAAAUCCUCGAGCAGAAGAGAAGUGGCCGUCUUACCUGUACUGAAGAAGAGGUCAACAAGUACCUAAGUGCCACCUACAGUGACAGCGCAAGAGAGGAAGAUCUCGGACCGUGCAGAACCUUGAUAACUCCAUCAGAACCCACUAAGGCAUUUAACACCAAGGAGCCAACUCUGAAAGAAGUUGAGGAGGUGGUCAAAACUGCUAGAACCAGCUCAGUGCCAGGCCCUAGUGGAGUGUCUUAUGUUGUCUACAAGAGAUGCCCCAGACUCUUGAAGCGACUAUGGACAAUCCUGAAAAUGAUCUGGAGAAGGGGGAAGGUGGCACAGCAGUGGAGACACGCAGAGGGUGUCUGGAUUCCGAAGGAGGAGAACUCAAGUAACAUCAAGCAGUUCAGGGUCAUCUCACUCCUCAGUGUGGAGGGCAAAAUAUUUUUUAGUAUUGUUGCCCGACGCAUGACGGAGUUCCUCCUGAGGAACAAUUACAUCGAUACCUCUGUGCAGAAGGGGGGAGUUCCAAAGGUUCCAGGAUGCAUCGAGCACACAGGAGUUGUUACUCAGCUGAUCCGGGAGGCACGUGAAGGCAAAGGUGACCUGUCAGUCCUUUGGCUGGACCUUGCCAAUGCGUAUGGGAGCAUUCCACACAAGCUGGUGGAAACCUCGCUUGUCCGACACCAUGUUCCAGACAAAAUCAAGGACCUCAUACUGGACAGUUACAGCUGCUUCAGUUUGAGAGUCACUUCUGGAACAAAAACAUCUGCAUUUCAUCAGCUUGAGAAGGGCAUUAUCACUGGAUGCACCAUUUCAGUGAUAUUGUUUUCCUUGGCUAUGAAUAUGCUGGUGAAGUCAGCUGAGGUAGAGCGCAGAGGUCCACUCACCAACUCAGGUAUGCGGCCCCCCAUCAGAGCAUUUAUGGAUGAUCUGACAGUGACUACAACAUCAGUUCCGGGCUGUAGAUGGAUCCUGCAAGGCCUUGAGCAUCUCAUCAACUGGGCCCGGAUGAGUUUUAAACCGGCCAAGUCCAGAUCCCUGGUAGUGAAGAAGGGGAGGGUUACACACCAGUUUCACUUCUCAAUAGGAGGUGUCCAGAUUCCAUCACUGGGAGAGAAGCCAGUUAAGAGCUUGGGCAAGAUCUUCGACUGCACCUUGAAGGACACCGCAGCACUCCAAGCAACAACGGAGGAGCUGGAAACCUGGUUUACAGCAGUGGAUAAGUCAGGGUUACCAGGCAAGUUUAAAGCCUGGAUCUACCAGCAUGGCAUCCUGCCACGACUCCUCUGGCCACUGCUGGUCUAUGAUGUGCCACUGACCACCGUCGAGUGCUUCGAGAGGAAGGUGAGCUGUUUCCUGUGGAAGUGGUUGGGCCUACCGAGAAGCCUCAGCAGCAUUGCCUUGUACGGGAGGAACAACAAACUGAAACUGCCCUUCAGUAGUCUGACGGAGGAGUUUAUGGUUACCCGUGCAAGAGAGGUGCUGAUGUAUAGGGACUCCAGUGACAUCAAAGUCUCUUCGAUGGGCAUAGAAGUAAGAACCGGCAGGAAGUGGAAGGCUCAUGAGGCAGUCGACCAGGCUGAAUCCCGCUUGCGACACAGUGAGCUGGUGGGAGCAGUGGCAUCCGGUCGGGCAGGUCUUGGGAGCAAUCCAAGACUUCACUUCAACAAGGCCCAGGGAAAGGAGAGGCACCAGCUAAUCCAGGAGGAGGUCCGAGCAGGGGUGGAGGAAGCCCGCUGCAGCAGGACAGUAAGGAUGUGGCAACAAGGAGCAUGGACCUGAUGGGAUGAGGCAGCUGACCGGAAGAUAUCGUGGAUGGGCUUGGCCGAGACUCCACUGUGCCCCCUCUGCCAGGGAGCUGGAUCGCUGGAGCACAUCUUGAGCUGCUGCCCUAGGGCACUAGCAGAUGGACGUUACCGCUGGCGCCAUGACCAGGUGCUGCGGGUCAUUGCAGACGUCAUCAGCACCGGGAUCUCCACCAGUAGGCACCAACAACUGACAAAGCAAUCCAUCACCUUUGUCAGGGCUGGGGAGAAGCCACAGCAGCACCGGGCUCAAGCAGGGGGGCUGCUAGCAACAGCUCGGGACUGGCAGCUGAAGGUCGACCUAGGGAGACAGCUCAUUCCUGAGAACAUCACAGUGACCACGCUCAGGCCAGAUAUAGUCCUGGUUUCAGAAACAACAAGGCAAGUGGUCCUGCUGGAGUUGACCGUCCCCUGGGAAGACCGGAUGGAGGAGGCCUUUGAGAGGAAGAGGGCCAAGUAUGAGGAGCUGGCAGGCGAAUGCCGAAGCAGGGGAUGGAGGACCCGAUGUAACCCCAUCGAGGUCGGAUGCAGAGGGUUUGUCAGCCAGUCUCUAAUCAGGGCACUCAAGAUGUUGGGCGUGAAGGGACUGCACAUCAGAAGAGCCAUCAGAAACAUAACUGACGCAGCAGAAAAGGCGUCAAGAUGGCUGUGGAUCAAGCGGGGGGAGCUGUGGACCACACAGGAUACUUAGACACAAGCCGGGACUUGAUCACCCCUGCUGGGUCGCCUGGGCGAGGGUG